AUGCCUUCUUUGCCUGACUCGCAUCCGCCACCCGUUCCUCCUCCAGUCCCAGUCGAAACCCAUCCCAACCGAACAGGGGGGCUGAAGCCUCCGGCGGCAGAACAACGCGCUCUCCCUGAUCCUACUCGACUCGCUCCUGAAGACGCUUACUACGCACCUUCUCUUCUUCGAAACCGACCGGGUAGCUCCAAUUAUGAAGAUCCAAUCCGUUCCCUGAGCGGGACUGCUGCCGCUGCUACUGCCGCGUCCGUUGCAGCCUUGCGACCGCCGCCAGCAGUCCCCGGGGCUGUCACUCGAAAAGAGAACCGAAAACCGCGAACAGGUGCCCGUAAGAAGCGAAAGGGUGCUUGGAAAAAAUUGCUUUGGGUUAAACAGUCAUAUCCGGACAACUACACCGAUACGGAGACGUUUCUUGACCAUUUACAGCGAAAUCCUCGAGUGCGUCCGUAUGACUUUUGGCCGUUGGUGGCCGACUCGACCGUUAUCGUACAACAUGUCUGUUCGGUGGCUAUUUUCGUCUGCUGUUUCGUGGGUAUCGUCCAGGGCCGGGUAAGCCCUGUCUCGGUCGUGUGCUGGGGAAGCGUUGGGACUGCUGUCGGCUGGAUACUCUGGGACUGGUGGGCGUUUACCGAACACGCAGAGAAUGGAAGAGCUGCGGAGCAUGCCAUGGAGGGAGAUGACGGGUCGAGUUCAAGCUCAGCAGCAAGCUUUGUUCAUUCUACGAACCAGAGGGCGAAUGGACAGAAGGAAAAUCAAGUCCAUGGUCUUGGCUUGAGCAUGGCGCAAAACGAGCCGGGCCCUCUCAGACGCCAGAGUACCGGGCUCAGCGUCGACUCCCUCACCGCGCAGGACCCGGGCUCACCCUCCACUGGCUGUACGGGAGGCGCCGCCGCGCAGCCUCAGAGCUGGCAACCCCAGUCCUUCCUUUCUCGGAAUCGGCAGAGGCUGUCUACAGUGAAGUCGGCUUUCCUCAUAUACUUCUCGCUUCUCGGACUGAGUCCCAUCCUAAAGUCCCUCACAAAAUCGACCGCCAGCGACUCUAUCUGGGCGUUGAGCUGCUGGCUACUAAUCAUGAACAUAUUCUCCUUUGACUACGGGAGCGGAGAGGGCGCUGGCGCCACCAAGUUUCCUGCAUCCUUGUCCACAAACGCGGCCGUCAUGGCGUCCACAGUGCUCGCGUCUCGCCUUCCGUCCACAACCCACGUUUUCAGCUUGAUGCUGUUCUCCAUCGAGGUGUUUGGGCUCUUCCCUAUCUUUCGGCGGCAAUUACGUCAUAUUUCGUGGACAGGACACAUAUUUCUUACCCUGACACUGGUUAUGCUCGCCGGUGGAGCAGUGGGCAUCACAUUGCGGGGUGGGUGGAUGGGUGCGAUAAUAGGGUCUAUCUUGGGAAGCAUCCUAACAGCACUGGCAAUGGGCGGGUGUAGUUGGUGGCUUAUUAGCCUUCAAAAGUAUAAAAAUGUUGUCUCAGGGCCAUGGGACCCUGCUCGGCCGAUUAUAAGACGGCAUUGGGAUUAAUGAGCAGCAUU